GAGCACCGUACCCUGCAACCACGUCCAGGAUCUUCCUCCUGGUGCUCGCCCCAUGGCUCCUGCUCCAGCGGCCGUGCGGCCUCCGUGGUGGAAGCUGCCGACCAAGUCCGUGUCCCCACCCUGGGGAGUUCAACAGAAGCAGCAGUGGCAGGCAUGGCGCGACAUCGGCUCCGACGACGACCUCGAGGGCUGGCACCAGGUGGGGCAAACUGGAAGAGGGCCUUGGUGCAGCAAGUGCGGCUGCAAGAAGAACUCCAAGGGCAGCAAGUUCUGCAAAGCCUGCGGCCAUAAGCUCUCGGACAUCAGCCCAGCCGUCGCUGCCGAACCCGCUGGGGUCUGGAGCGAGCAGCGAGGACAGCACGGGGAUGCCGAUGGCAAGGACGGCAAAGGCGGCAAGAAGGGCAAGAAAGGCAAGGUCUCGGGCAAAGGUGACGGCGGCAAAGGUGGAAAAGGGGGCCGUGGAGAGGGUGCAGCAGGCGGAGACCCAGCCAAGCUUCCUCGAGCACCUGGUGCACAGUUUCUGGUGGCCCAGGAGGGACCCUCGGUGGAGCUUGAGUUCCACGAGCUGGAGCAGCUGGUGGCCACGUUGGAGAAGCUGGGAGACACGGUCAGCCUCGCGAGGCACAGGCGCACCCUUCAAGAACGGCGACGACUCCAGCAGGAGGCGCUCUACGUGCCGCCAUUGUCGCAGAGAGUCACACGGGCCCACAAGCAGGUGCAAGACAUCGCGCAGAAGCUGGAGAAGGCGGUUUUGCACUUCGAGCGGCUCGAGGAGGGCCUCGAGAGCCAGAGGCGGUGGGUCCAAUCUCCCUGCGAGGACAUGGAGUCGAAGAAGGCUGAGCACCGCAAGCUGGUGGUGGAGCUCAAUCGUCAGGUGGUCGACAUCAGCCAGGAUUCAACUCCGUCAGUGGCCCCCAUCAGUGUGACUGGCAUCCUGGACGGCUCCAUCGAGGAAGUUCCUCUUUCGUUUGCUGGUCUUGGGUUCGACGACGAGGAAUACGAGAUGGAUGCAAAUUACAAGAAGGAGCUGGCAGAUCGCAGCGCCCGCCUCAAGAGCGAACUGUCCAACGCCGUCGCGCAAAUGUUCGGGCAGGCGGCAGAGAAGGCCAAACUCUUCAAGGAGGAGCAGGAAGCCAUGGCUCUACGGCUGGCUGGGAAGAGGCGGACUCUGCCUGAGGGGGCAGACCCAGUUGACGCAGAGGCUGAGGGUGAUCGGCGGACGCCCUUGGCCGAGGCAGCUGGAUCUCAUCGACCAGCGGACAGUUUCUGGAGCAACAAGUCCGUGGACCUCGACUGGCCUCAGGUCGGGGGGCUUUGGGUCCCUGCCCUGGCCCGUCCAGACAAGGGGGCAACGUUGAUCGGUAGGCAGUGCUGCAAGCAGCUGCGCGCCGUGCCCGAGGCAGUCCUGCCCGAGCCCUUGGGGCAGAGGCCUGAGGCUAUGGGGCUCCCUCCCGAUGCUGCAGAUCCCGAGUGGCAGGCCAUCCAGGACUUCAAUGACAUGAGGGCUGACCUCAGGGACUGGGCUGCCGCCUGGUUUGACUCGCACACGGAGCUGGAGACAGACAGCGGGCACUGGAGGCGCUGGUGCAAGGCUUUCCUGGGCGCGAUGCUAGCGGACGGCGGGAACGAGCCGCUCAGGCGCCUGCUGAGGAGCUGGUUCCCAGGCUGGCACUUGGACAAUAUCCUGGACGAGCUGUGCCUCAGUGGCUGGAGGCAGUCAGAGCCCCGCCGCAUUGCCUUUCUGGUCAGGCUCAACAGUGCCCAGCCUCCGGAUCGGUGGCGGCUCGAGCACGCGCGCUGGCGGCAACUGGCGCAGAUCAGGGCCAUGUUUCGCCGACUCCUUGGGGACAGAGCUCCUGGAGACCCAGUGCCGCCUCAGAGGCCUGGUGGGGGAACGGAGUCGGACCCUACUCGUGGGCCUGACCCUGUUGACGACCAGGCGAUGGACUACGUCGACAACCUGGCGGCGAAGCUGGUCAUGCUGUCGCACGCGCCCUCGCAGCAGCCUCCUGGCGGCAGGGCCAGCCCCAGCCAAGACGACCUGUAC